AUGGAACUUGUUGAUCAAGAAAUCGAAAAACUCUUGCCUACCUUUCGAGCAGCUAUUCAUUGUGAACUGCUGAAUGAAGAGGAGGUCAAAGAUAUUGUUAUGAAACGCAAGAAAGCAGAAGGCAAAUUGAUUAAACGAGAGGCAGAACUUCGCGAUUUCAUUGAUUUCGUUCAUAUGGAUACAAUGAUCAUCAAGCUGAUCACAAUGAGGCGCCACAAAACGCAGUACAAAGAAAAGCUCGCUGAGAUCGAAUACCCAAUUGUCGAACGUCUCAAUCGACUGCUCAAGCGAGCUCAUCGUCUCUGGCCGCAAGAUAUGAACCUCUGGCAGACCCACAUAAAUCUUCUCGCCAAAUGGAACAAGAGGACUCAACUCUCAAAACUUUACGAAGAAUUUGUUGCCAUGCACCCUCAUAAUGUUCAUGGAUGGCUGCAGUCUGCUCGAUUUCAAGUCGAAAGAAACGGAUCAAUAGAACAGGCGAGGAAGAUUUUGUUGCGCGCGGAAAUGCAGCUUCCCAAAGAACCGCUAAUUUGGGAUCAGCUUUUUCGAGUAGAGCUGAUAAACGCAGCGCAGCUGAGAAAACGAUUGGAAGUCCUUGGCGGGAAAUUGCCGGAAGAAAACGAAAGCGACAAGGAUUUGAGCAUGGGCGCUGCGGCGAUGAAAAUUGCAGAACUGGCGAAAAAGAAGUUUCCAGAGAACCCGAGAUUGAUUUUGAAAUGCUGA